UUUUCAUUUUUCAUUUAUUAUUAUUUGUAUUUUCAAACAAAAAUAAGAGAAAAUCUUUAUCUAUCUCUCUUUUUGUAUGUAUAUAUAAAUAAGAUUUUCCCCUCGGAUCAUUUCUCCACAUAGAAAACACAGUUCAAACUUGUCCUCUAAUCUUUCUCUCUCUCUCUCUCUCUCUCUCCAAAGCAAUGGGAGAAUACAGGGAUCACCACCUUGACCCAGAAGAAGAAGACGAAGAAGAAGAAGAAGCACUUUCUCUCUGCGACCUGCCACUAGAAGAUGAUAAUGAAAUCCCAGAAAUGGCCAGCAGGAGCCACAGUCGAAGAUCAUCAUCAGAACCAUCUGAACUCUUUGAGUUCUUUAGCAACUUCAGUUCCGAGAUGUGCUCAGCUGAAGAUAUCAUCUUCUGUGGAAAGCUAAUACCCUUUAAGGACCUCUCUCCUCCCCACCAACAAGACAAAAGACACAUAUCUUUUCGUCGACGAUCAGAGUCUUUAUCUGGGUUACACUCCUCUUCAGUUUCUCGUUCGAACAGUAUUAACAAUAUGAUGAGGAACAGCCGGUCUCUCGAUUACAGUAGACUUGAAAGGUUUCCCACUUCAAAGACGUCGACGGAAUCUGAUAAUUCUAUGGAGAGAAACUCAUCUUUGAGAAGUAAUAUGGCUAAAAGAACUGUUGUCAAGCCAAGAUGGUACGUGUUAAUGUUUGGAGUAGUGAAGCCACCUACAGAGAUGGGGCUUAGAGAUAUUAAAAGCCGCCAAGUUCGCCGGAACUCAUUGAACAUGAUGCUCCCGCCGCCUGUGGCGGACACCGUCAAGAAACCUCCGGUUGGAAAGGGCUCUUGCAAGCUGCUUAAAGUAUUGAGCUGUAGAGAUCCUGCGAGUGUUGCUGUAACGACGCCGCUUUGUGUGCCUCCGGCAUGAGCUGGAAACUGGGAGUCGUCAGUCACGUCACCUACUUGGACAAUCUUGCCCUUAAUAAACCUUAUGUUAUGAGUUUGACGGCAGCAUUAACGGAGGGCAAAUAGGUGAAUUUAGAAGGAGGACAAAACAUUUUCAUAAAUAUUAGUAGAAUUUGCCUUUACGUAGAAGGGAUGAUAGAGUAUAGUGACAGAACAUGGAGGAUAAUGUUUCUGUGUAGUAAUUAAUGUGAAUUAUUGUUAUUAUUAUUAUUAUUAUUAUUA